AACAUCCCGACAAAGUCAAGUGCCAAAAAUCCUGUGACGUCUGUCACUUAUCCGGCGAUUAUCCUGCGAACAAAGCGAAAAUGAGCGGCGACUUCGUGUGGGCCAUCAAGAACGGCGAUCUGGACCAGGUGAAGGAUCACGUCGAGAAAAAGGCUGUUAACGUAAACGAAGAAGUGGACGGUCGUCCUUUGAUCCUGUACGCUGCGGAUUACGGUCAGAAGGAUGUAAUAGAUUAUCUCGUGUCCGCCGGCGCGGACGUCAACUCCAAAGACAAGCAUGGGAUAACGGCGAUCCUGGCAGCUAUUUGGGAGGGACACGUCGACUGUGUAAGACUGCUGAUUGAAAAGGGUGCAUCCAAAGAAGGCACGGCUCCAGAUGGCAAGUCAUAUUUGGAAUCGGCUGAGAAUAAUGAAAUAAGAAAACUUCUAGUCUAGAAACUAUAAGAUUUCAGUCCACUAAAGGUUUGCUCAAAGGGAAUAUGAAAGUUUCGACUAAUAUUUGCUUUGAACCGACCCAACUUGACAACAAAGUUAAAUGAUUACUUGCUAUAAAAACUUUCAUAGAAUAUAUUUAGAAGUUUCUGAUCACUUUGCCUAAAUGGGAAUUAAACUGUCUGAAAGUUGAUCAUGUGUAUUCUAUUUUAAUAUUAAUCCAACGAAUAUAUUUAGUAUUAAAUAUAGACUUAAGCAGUCUUUUAAAUUUGUUGUAUUUUUUUAAAACGUGACAAACACAGUUUGUCUAUUUGAUGCUGUCCUUAGAGCAAAUGUUUGCCACAUAUCAAAGUAUUUCUUUAUUUUUACACCUAAGUUGAGCAUUUAUAAAAUGAAUGUAUUUUAGACUGUAGACUAAAUUGUAUUAUUUAUUUUUGUAGAACUAACUGUUUUGGUUUGAGUAAAGGAAUAUUUUUAUGUGUGUAACAUUUCAUAUAUGAAAGAUAACAUUUAGAGUGCUUAAAUUAUGUGAAACUAUUUUAUUUCUUAUUCUAGAUAUAGUUUUUUUUAUAUAAUAUUUAUUUCAAAUUAAAGACUUUUUGUAUA